CUGCCAGUCAUGCCAUUCACCUGCAAGUCUGUCAGAAACUGUCGGCCAUGUUGGUAGUCGUAGUGCUGAGUCUGCUGGCCGCAUGCCACGCCCAGGACCCCUCGGACAAAAGUUUAUUUCAUCAGGGCACCGGACAGCUGUUGUGGCGUGACUGUGGAGAUGCUGACAGCUGGAUCAAACUGACCAAGUUUGACAUGUCCCCCACGCCUCUGCAUCUGCCCGGCAAUGCCCUCCUGACCGUCAACGGCGCCGUCAGCCACGUCAUCAGCGAGAACGUGGAGAUGGAUGUCACCAUCCUCAAGCACCUGCUGAGCCGCUGGACCAAGAUGCCGUGCACUGAGGACCUGGGCAGUUGUCACUAUGACGACCCGUGCCACUUCAUGCAAGUCUUUUUCCCCAACGGCACGUGCCCCAAAGAGUUCACUGACAACGGCAUGCCCUGCACCUGCCCCUUCAAGACCAGCAACUCCAUCACUCUCAACCAGGACCGUCUGAGCCUCCCAGAUGUGAAGCCAUCCUACACCUGGCUGACAAGGGGUGACUACUACAUCAAGAUCGUGAUGACGGAGAAGGGCAACCAGAAGGUGGUCAGUUGUCUGGAGUUCUACGUCAGCCUCAGCAGAGAUUGAAAAUAAAGUAUGUUAAAUAAAUAAAGCCGGGGUAGCAGGUGGUCA